UUAAAAGGGAAAGGGAUGGAAGAAAGCCUCCUUACUCCGUCACCGUCUCCGACCGAACCCCGGCACCCUCUCCGGCCGCGCGUCCCUCACUCUGGAUCAGCCUAAAUGAAUGAAACACUGGGGAAUACCCACACGUACGCCAGCGGGGAGACUCUGUGUCCAAACAUCAGUCCACAAGGAUUUUAUGUCGGGCUUGACAAGCUGUAGUCAACAUGCGUUGUCCCUCCCGGAGCUUCACCCCGAGCUUUUCAGAUGUGUGACCGGCCACCGGUGUCUUGUGCCCGCCCUCGCCAAGGAGUCACGCUGUGAUUGACGGAUCAGGUGUUUGACUGCCAGGACAAAUGAAUACAAAUGAAUUUAGGCACCCGAAGGAGAGAUUGCAAAACCUCUCAUCUAGACACAAAGAGAGCCCUCUUGCUCUGCACCGUUCUAUACUGUACUUGUUACCUGGGACUUACACAAGUACACUCUGAAGAUGUGGACAUCCUCCAGAAGUUGGGGCUUAGGGGAGACAAGCCGUCACGCUCCGUACCAGCUGGGGUCAUUCCGUUCAGAUCUGGGAUCAUCCUCAACCAGCAGGCGCACAUCCAAAGUCCACUGCUGUCCAUCUCCCCGCCAACGUUCUGGACCAACGCAGCACUGGUCCUGAGUGUGAGCUCACACAGGGUCAACAGUGCCUUCCUCUUCACCCUGCUCUCAGAGAAGAACAAGCUUCUUCUGGGCUUGCAGCUUGUUCCAGGAAGUCUAGUCCUUCACACGGGACCAAACACUUCUGUCGCUCUGCCCUAUGAACCCCAUGACGGCCAGUGGCACCAGCUGGCGUUGGGAAUUAAUGGACAGAAAGUGAUUCUAUAUGCCUCCUGCGGAGAGCAGAGUGUUCAUGCGGACUUUGGGUGGGACAAUGAGAAGGGACUGGCCCCGGAGCGCCAGGACUCCUUCCUGCUGGGGCGGUCGAGCCAACAUCAAGCUUCAGUGCACUUUGAAGGAGCCAUCUGCCAGUUUGACAUGAUCCCUUCUGCCCAGGCAGCUCACAACUACUGCAAGUACAUUAAGAAACAGUGCAGGGAAGCCGACACAUACAGGCCUAACCUUCCACCCUUGCUGCCCAUCUUACCCCAACAAACCAACAUAUCAUCUGCAGCUGCUCCUAAACAUGGUGGCCCGGAAACUGCCAAGAAGGCCGCUGGGCUAAACCUUGCUCGGAGUGUUGCGGCUGCUGCCUCUGCUGUCCGAUAUUUAGCCCCUACCCAAACAGUAAAACCCACCCUUGGGACCACUCCUACACCUUUGCUGGAAACUGUAAUGCCAGUCACAGCCCAGCUUGACCUCCCAUCUCCUCCAACCAAGGCCAGAACCGAAACUGUCACAGCUCCACUCAGAACCACAGUAUUCCCAACCAAACCACCUGCUACAAGGCCAUCCGCCUUUAAAACGACAAGUCAGACAUCCCCCAAAAUUACAUCCCAAAAGCCUACUCCACAAAGCGGUGCCAAAAAGAAAAUUGCUGUCAUGGAAAAGAAGAAGAAAUCUACUCUCCCAGUCACUGCUAGCCCCAAACUAUCCAAGACAAAAACUGGCAAUAUUUUAUUAGAUCAAAGUCCACCUCUAAAGAAACCACAACCAACGUCAGCCAAGAAAGCACCCACCAAGCCCAAAGUUCCACCAUCCAAAGCCACUCUUACCAAACCCAAGUUAAACCCUGUCAAAGCACCCCCAUCUAAACCAGCAGUAACCAAAGUGAACCCCUCAAGACCAACCAUCUCCAAGACUACUGCUAAAACCGCCAAGCCAAACCCCAAACAGGUCACCAAGCCCACCAAGCAAGCCAAAACCACCAAGGCCCCGGUGACCCCACAGCCUACCAGACCUUUGUAUCAUGUUGUAACAUCACCUGCCACAGACAGCUUCCAGAGCUGGGAGGUAACACCGACUCAGUUCUCCCUGCUUGCUGGACCUGGAGGAGAAAAAGGAGAACCGGGCCCUUCGGGGCUUCAAGGACCUCCAGGGAAGCCAGGCCUUCCAGGCAAGCGGGGUCCUCGGGGUCCCCCGGGUCCUCACGGAAACCCCGGCCGACCUGGUCCACCUGGCCUCAAGGGUAGAAAAGGAGAUCCUGGCUUCUCACCUGGGCCAGCCCCUAAAGGAGAGAAGGGAGACUCGGGGAUCCAUGGCCCAUCUGGACCCGCCGGUCAAGAAGGUCGAAAGGGACAGCGAGGUUACCUCGGCCCACCUGGACUCCCUGGAGAACCCGGAGAGCAAGGUCCGGUCGGAAGCCCGGGUGCCAAAGGUUAUCCUGGCAGGCAGGGUUUACCUGGGCCAAUAGGACCGAUGGGGCCCAAAGGCGUGCGGGGUUUCAUUGGAAUCCCCGGGCUUUUUGGCCUCCCCGGGCCUGAUGGCGAACGAGGCAUUCCCGGCGAACCAGGGAAGAGGGGCAAGAUGGGUAGGCCGGGAUUUCCUGGGGACUUUGGAGAACGAGGACCACCUGGGGCAGACGGAGAACCAGGCCAGCUGGGAGCCCCCGGUCCAAAUGGAGUUCUCGGACUAAUUGGUGACAUGGGACCUGUCGGAGAGAUGGGCCUUCCAGGACCGAAUGGGCUGAAGGGUGUGCCCGGAAAUCCGGGAGAACCAGGACUGAAAGGUGAUAAGGGUGACAUCGGGGUACCGGGAGAGCAAGGCGAGAUGGGCUUCAAAGGAGACAAGGGCAUCCAGGGGGCACUGGGACCGCCUGGCAUCCGUGGUAAACCAGGACCGCAGGGCAGCAUGGGGGACAAAGGCCCCGAUGGGACAGCGGGACCGAAUGGCCCUGAGGGCUUCCCUGGAGACAUGGGACCACCAGGAGAGAAUGGCCUUGAAGGACCAAAGGGAAAGCUCGGGACCAGAGGUUUGCCCGGGCCACAAGGGUUACCUGGCUUGGAGGGAGAUGAGGGCCCCAUCGGACCGCCAGGCCCAAUGGGAUUUGAGGGUCGACUGGGCAGAAAAGGAUUCCCCGGAAAGGUCGGGCCUGAGGGAGUGAAGGGAGAGACUGGCAUCACGGGAAAGGUCGGCGCCAUGGGAGAAAGAGGCUUGGUGGGUUUCAUCGGACCUGUGGGAGAGGCGGGGCUGGCAGGAGAGAAGGGAGAUCGAGGUUCCAUGGGCCUUCCCGGACCGCCUGGAGAAAAGGGGUCUACGGGUCACCCAGGGACACCAGGGGAGACCGGGCCUCCAGGACCACCUGGCAGACCAGGACCUCCUGGGGGAACGGGACCCGCAGGUACCAGAGGACCCAAAGGUUUGCGGGGCGCCACGGGGCCUGACGGUCCAACGGGAGAGAUGGGGUCGGAGGGCAAGAAGGGUCCAGAUGGUCCUCCAGGAAAAAUCGGCUUCCCCGGACCCCAGGGGAAAAUCGGGGAGUCUGGGGAAACUGGAUCGAAGGGUUUCCCUGGUAUCCAAGGGCCAUCGGGGCCACCAGGAGACAAGGGAAUCGCAGGCGAGCAGGGGCCUCCUGGACCACCAGGCACGACUGGACUUUUAGGAGAAAUGGGUCAGAAGGGUCCUGCGGGCAGCAUGGGCGAGCCGGGACCGCCGGGCGAGCCAGGGGAGAAGGGAGCUGUCGGACCUGCCGGGAACGUCGGAGAGCAGGGACUCAUCGGCCCACGGGGUGAGCCCGGCUUGGAGGGGGAGGCUGGUCCUGCUGGUCCCGAUGGAGCCAAGGGCGAUAAGGGCGACACGGGCCAGGAGGGCGACACGGGUGAAAAAGGCGAAACUGGUUUCAAGGGAAAGGAGGGUCCUGUCGGAAGUCCUGGGAUCCCCGGUGUCAGAGGCCAAGAAGGGAAAUCCGGCAAAAUUGGAGAAAGAGGCAAACUUGGACCAAAGGGGGCCAAAGGCCACCAAGGUCACCUCGGGGAGACGGGGCAGGUGGGCAAGACAGGACCGCAGGGUACCGUGGGUCCAAAGGGCUCCAGAGGAAGCGUCGGACACGUGGGAGCUCCAGGAAGAAUGGGUCAGCAGGGAGAACCCGGCAUUUCAGGUUAUGAGGGCCAUCGGGGACCGUCGGGCCCAAUGGGGCGUCCCGGACCAAAAGGUGAAAAGGGUGAGCAGGGCGAUGAUGGCAAACUGGAGGGUCCUCCUGGUCCCCCAGGUGACAUAGGUCCUCCGGGCGACAGAGGGGAGAGAGGGGAACCGGGCGACCCGGGAUACAAAGGUCAAGCUGGUGUGGAUGGUGAGAGAGGAAGGCACGGAGCUGCUGGACUUCCUGGACACCCUGGACCUCGAGGGAUCCAAGGACCCAAAGGGGCCAAAGGAGAUCUAGGUCAAAAAGGCAAAAAGGGUCAUGUAGGACCAAAAGGAGCCAGAGGAAUGGAGGGGGCCGGCGGUCCUUCUGGGCCGAGAGGCGUGGUGGGUCGAGAGGGACAGGAGGGAGUGCCCGGGAUGGACGGAAUGCCAGGAAAGGACGGAAGUAAAGGCAUGCCGGGAGAGCAUGGAGACGAUGGAGAGUUUGGCGUCGCCGGCAAAGGUGGCGGCCGUGGAAAGACCGGCGUUCCAGGACUUCCGGGAGAUCAAGGUGUCAUGGGACCAAAGGGUGAGCCAGGUCUCAGAGGACAGAGUGGACCUCCGGGCAAAAGAGGCUUCAGAGGCGGAACGGGACUUCCGGGCUCGCAGGGAGACCGAGGACCUAAAGGACGAGCUGGCGAUGUUGGUGAACCUGGCUUUCCUGGAAUCCUUGGUGUUUUUGGUCCAAAGGGUCCCCCUGGAGACUUGGGUCCAAAAGGCAUCCGAGGACCCAAGGGUCCCCAAGGAACCAUGGGCAGAGGAGGAGUCCCGGGCCCUGCAGGAUUGGUUGGCCCCAAUGGAAGCGUGGGUCCCAGAGGGGAGAAGGGCACCCGUGGAGCCAUGGGCGUACAAGGACCUAGGGGAUCUCAGGGACCUCGUGGACGCCCUGGACCUCCAGGUCCCCCUCAUGUCCCGCCAUCUUUUAAAGAGGAUGGUCUUUUGUUUAUGGAUCCACACAGCCAGCUGAGGAAUGAGAAUAAGCUAGUGAUGGACCUGCCCAUGCUGGACCAGGGCGCAGAGAUCUUUAAGACCCUCCACUACCUCAGUAACCUGAUCCAGAGCCUGAAGAACCCACUGGGCACCAGGGACCACCCUGCCCGCAUCUGCAGGGACCUGCACAGCUGUGAACACAAGCUAAAUGAUGGCACUUACUGGAUCGACCCGAACCUUGGCUGCUCGUCCGAUACGAUCGAAGUGUCCUGCAACUUUACGGGUGGCGGGCAGACGUGCCUGAAACCGGUGACUGUGGCCAAGCCCACGGUCAACGUCGGCCGCGUGCAGAUGAACUUCCUGCACCUGCUGAGCUCCGAGGCGGUCCAGCAUGUCACCAUCCACUGCCUCAACGUCUCCGUCUGGACACCAGACCAGGAUCUGACGCCUUCCCGGGAAUCUUCUGUGCGAUUCAAGGCCUGGACUGGGGAGGUGUUUGAGGCGGGAGGAGAGCUGGAGCCAGAGGUGGUGGAGGACUCCUGUUGGAUGAAAGACGGCCGCUGGCGCCAGGCCCGUUUUGUCUUUCACGCGGUGGACCCGUCCCUGCUCCCUGUGACGGACGUCGUCAACCUCCCCGAGACCUCCCCCGGCUCACGCUACCACCUGGAGAUAGGUCCCGUCUGCUUCCUGUAAGAAUGAACGAGGGGCGGGUCGUCACCCUGUGAUGCUGCAUACAUGCCCGACCCCCCCCCCCCCCCCCCCCCCCCCCCCCCCCCCCCCACCGCCACGCCCACCCGCUCUCCAAGCAGCUUGUGCCAACCUCUCACUGGACUGCAGAUACAGGAGAGGGGGUGUCGGCCUGCAGGGGGAGUUCUUGCACUAAAUUCCCCCCAAUAGGCCAAUAGCUUCUCCCAGCAAUGAUCUCUGUGGAACAUGGAGCAGUGAAGAAGGAGACAAAUCAGCGGACAUUUGAUGAAUAAUAACAAUAACUUAUUUGUUGUAUACAGUCUGUAUACCGUGGGAUUUAUUUUAUUUUAUUUUAUUUUAUUUUAUUUGGGCAGAAUUCUAAAAUAUGAUAAUAAUAAUAAUAAUAAUAAUAAUAAUAAUGGAGAUCAGUUAACUGUACAUAUUAUGUAAGCUUAUUAUUCAUGUCAAGAAAUCAUCUUCAAGUGCAAUAGAAAAUGAGAAGAUAAUUUGACAUUUAGAUUGGAACGGAGGAGGGCGGGCAUUUUUAUUUGCCUUUGGUGCUCAGCUCAGCUCCUGUUUGGUUGUUUUUUUUUUUAAUGGGAGCAGAAGUCACAUCUGUAUUUAUUAGUGCUCCAAAAGGGAAAACAGCCCAUCGUCAGCCACCAAAAAGUUGAAUAAACUUAUUAGAGAUGCAUUUUCAACCAAAUGCCACUGAAUAUCUACGGAUUUACACAUAACAAAUUCAUUUUUGGUUGUUUUUAUUUCCCAUUUGGGGUGUCUGCCGCCCUUUCAUCACUUACAUAUGAUGGGAUGUUGAAAUCUGCACCUGAGUGGGGCCAACAAAUCAUUUAAGGUGCUAAUCAUAAUGCAUAAUGACACCACUCUGCUGGAAUGUUUAUAGUGCAGGCUCGCUUGGAUUAAUUUAAAAAUAUAUUCCAUAUGAUAUAACUUCCUGUCAUGUUUUAUAAGGUAUUUGCAGAGAUCUUUUAUUUGAGGGGGGCAUUUCAGAGAUAAUAUGAAAGUGUCUCCUUGUGUAUGCAGUAUAAAACCAGGCUUUGAAUAUAUUUUGUUGUUGUUGUUUUGUACAAAGCACCCCAUGUAAGGAUGUUUUGGAGACACGGCGUAAUGAGAAUAAACAUGUAUUAGUUUGAACUGGACACCGGUGUGUGUAAUUGUGAAACCUUGCUGUAUACGGUGGACCCCCUCGGGCUAAUUUAAUGUUAUUUAAUAUUUGCAAACAGAGCAAAAAAAUGCGCUCUGCUAGAAACACCGUCACCAUCUUUAUAUAUAUAUCAGUUUACCCAACUGGUCUUGGAGUUUAUCUUUUUUUUAUGUGUACAUUUGGUGCUCCAGAGAGAACACAUUUAUAACAAUGUUAAUUAGCUUUUAUUUUUUUAUUCUUAUUUUCUUCAUGUUGGGCUUUUUCUCUCUAUUCUCUCUAUGAUAAUCCACAGUGUACUGUAUCAGGUGCUAUUCUAUGACUUGUGUUUUUAAAAAAUCAUUAAUAAUAAUGCAAUUAUGUGAAAUGUGUUCCUUUUUUCGUAAAUCUGUUGUCAACAUUAAAGCAAGAUGAGAAUACCUCACAUUUUUCCGCAUGGCAAUUUCAACAACAAGAUGAAGUACAAACUACAAACUUGUAUCUGUCUGCUCUUUACUCAUUUCCAUUUGUUCAAUAAAUACCUUCAAUUUG